GGGCGGAAGCGGGGGUGGCGGGGCGCCGGGCGGUCGGGCCGCCGCUCGGGCUGGUUUGCGCGUGGAGGCCGGGAAGGUAGAGCUGCGUGUGCCGCGCGGCUGCUUUCCUCGCUCUAGCUGCCGGCAAGCGGGGUGUUGACGCCCGUCGCCCAGGCCCCGGGGAUCCCCCCGGCCGGGCUUCCUUGGAGGAGACGCGGCCCCCCCGGCACUUGGGACCCGGGCGUCUCGGACCGCUCGUCCUGUCGCUGGGGAACCGCGCGCGGGCCGGAGCAGCUGGCAGAAGCAGGCCGGAGCCUUCCGGGGCCUCGGGCGCGGGGACCCGUGGAGGAUGAGCUGGCUCUUCCCGCUGACCAAGAGCGCCUCCUCCUCCGCAGCUGGGUCCCCCGCUGGCCUCACCAGCCUCCAGCAGCAGAAGCAGCGCCUCAUAGAGUCCCUCCGGAAUUCACACUCCAGUAUAGCUGAAAUACAGAAAGAUGUGGAAUACAGAUUGCCAUUCACCGUAAACAACCUGACAAUUAACAUUAAUAUAUUACUCCCUCCACAGUUUCCUCAGGAAAAACCAGUGAUCAGUGUUUACCCACCAAUACAACAUCACUUAAUGGAUAAACAAGGAGUAUAUGUUACCUCUCCAUUAGUAAACAAUUUUACAAUGCACUCAGAUCUUGGAAAAAUUAUUCAGAGUCUGUUGGAUGAGUUUUGGAAGAAUCCUCCAGUUUUAGCUCCUUCUUCAACAGCAUUUCCAUACCUGUACAGUAAUCCAAGUGGGCUGCCUCCUUAUGCAUCUCAGGGUUUCCCAUUUCUUUCUCCAUUUCCCCCACAAGAACCUAACAGGACUGUCACUUCUUUGUCUGUUGCUGACACUAUUUCUUCUUCAACAACAAGUUACACACCAGCCAAACCUGCAGCUCCUUUUGGCAUCCUUUCAAAUCUGCCGCUACCUGUUCCUACAACAGACACAUCAGCACCGAUAAGCCAAAAUGGUUUUGGUUACAAGAUGCCAGAUGUUCCUGAUACAUUUCCAGAACUCUCAGAACUAAGUGUGUCACAGCUUACAGAUAUGAAUGAACAAGAGGAAAUAUUACUAGAACAGUUUCUGACUUUGCCCCAACUAAAACAGAUUAUUACUGACAAGGAUGACUUAGUAAAAAGUAUUGAAGAGCUAGCAAGAAAAAAUCUCCUUUUGGAGCCCAGCUUGGAAGCCAAAAGGCAAACUGUUUUAGAUAAGUAUGAAUUGCUUACACAACUGAAAUCUGCUUUUGAAAAGAAGAUGCAAAGGCAGCAUGAACUUAGUGAGAGUUGUAGUGUGAGUGCCCUACAGGCAAGACUGAAAGUAGCUGCACAUGAAGCUGAGGAAGAAUCUGAUAAUAUUGCUGAAGAUUUCUUAGAGGGAAAAACUGAAAUAGAUGAUUUUCUCAGUAGCUUCAUGGAAAAGAGAACAAUCUGCCACUGUAGAAGAGCCAAGGAAGAGAAACUUCAACAAGCAAUAACAGUGCAUAGCCAAUUCCAUGCCCCACUAUAGAUUUUCCUGAAAACAUAAACCACCAAGACAGAAAUGACACAAGACUAAGCACAUUUAUAUGUAUGAUUUGCAAAUUGGCAUUUCAUCACAAUGGCUGAAUUCAUAAAUAUUCUGGAUAGACUAUAUGCAGAACUGAGACUGAUUUUGUACAGAUUAUAGAAUAACUGCUGUGGUCUUUGCUUUGAGAAAUUUUUCUGCAUGAUUUGCACUAUAAAUGUUUAUUUAUUGUUGAUAAAUCCUAUCAUAUUUAAGUUCCACUGCUGUUCCUCUUUUAUUAAGUACCUAUGCAUGUAAUUUUAGCUAGUAUCAAUAUUUUAUAAAGUUGCUUCAUUUAAAUUUAUAUUUUUAGUUUGAAACUGCCUCAUUUCUUUAUCAAAAAUGGUUUGUUUAGAUAUUUUUCCUCUUAACCUUUUUGAAAAAUGACUAUUUUCAACUAUAGAAAGCCUUAUUUUUCCUUCUAUCAUGAUGAUAAAACUUUAAAAAACAUUUGUUUUUAAAUUAUUCAUAGUGUCAGGAAAUAUCAAACCUACUAAUGUGCCAUCUGAAAAAAGUAACUUUUAAUACACAAUAAAUCAAGAGAAUACAUCAGCUGCCCAUUUAUUGUUUAAUUUUUAAAAUUAAAGAUACAUUUAAGAAGCAAUACAGUUAAAUAAUUAUUUUACCUAGCAGAAAAAAAAUUGCCUUCCACUUCACCCAGUCCAACAUAAACUUUCAUACUAAUUUUUUUAUAUAAAUAUGAUAGAUUUAUGAUUGGAUAAUGAAAUACUUUAUAAAUUCCUAGUGUUAAAAACAAUCUUUUUGUUAAUAAAUAGAAAAUCUAGACACAGAAGUCAAUGAAUUUUUUUGACCUUUACUGUGAGUUAGCUUUUCAUAAGAGAACAGCUUUAGUAAUAAUAUUUAACUUUUAGGCAGUCCAGUUUUUAAUUAGUUUUAUUAAAUUUGCUCUUUAAAUGAUACAGUGUUCAGUAGUUUGCUUCUGUACCAUGUUUCAGAAUGAACACAUUUUAUGGGUAGCUGUAAAAGCUAAUAAAGGAGAAAAUCUGUAACUAUAUGUAUCUGAGGCUUGGUAAGUUAGUAUCUAAAUCACAAAACAAUUUAGUGCAAAUUUUUGUUUAAAUUUCAUCUCAAUAUAUAUUGUUAUUUCCAAAUGCCAGCAUAUAGUAGUACAGAUUUCUUUUUCCUUCAUUCUGUUUCUUUCUAUACACAUUCUUGGCAAUAGAACUUUAGGAAAAACAAAAUUAUUUUCCUAGACUUGAAAAAUAUUUAAUCUGUCUUUGCUUUGUGGAAGAGCAAGUAUUCAUAUGGACUAUAAAUAUAUAAUUGGAAUAAAGAUGUUAACUUUCACUAA